GAAGCUGCUGUAUUAUUUAUGUGCAAUUUAACAGGAUGCAAAAUGCACAGAUUCAGUGUUUCACUCACAGCUUUUCAUGUGAGUGAAUAGAAUGUGUUUUUACUCUCUGACUGAUUCCAUUUCUAAUCUGCAUGCAGAAUUUUGAUUGGCUUUCAAGCCACAUUAUAAUAUGCAGCCAAAUGUUGAUUGGCUGGAACCUGCUGUGGGCAUGGAGCCUCAGCUAUUGAAAAUACAGAUAAAAAGGAGCUUGAAAGCUGAGAGACACAGAGGCAUCUGCUAGCGUUUGGACAGACUCUGUCACUUUAGGUUCACUUCUGUAAGUAUUCUUUGAUAUUUAAAUCAAACCUGUAACAAAGGGUAUUUCAGAAGCAAAGACAUUUAGCUGGAAUCAAGACUGUACUUUAAAAACCUCGAAGUCACAUAAAAGGACAGGAAGUCCAAGGGAAGAGCAAGAGGCCCAAGGAAGAGAGGAUUUCACAGAGGAAGAGGAACAUGUCUCUGGACGUGAAGGAGAAGAUGCACGUGCGGCUGGUCUUCCUGGGAGCUGCCGGCGUGGGCAAGACGGCGCUGAUCCGCCGCUUUCUGCAGGACACCUUUGAGACCAAGUACAGGCGCACAGUGGAGGAGCUGCACAGCAAGGAGUACGAGAUCAGCGGCAUCAAAGUGACCAUCGAGAUCAUGGACACCAGUGGGAGCUACUCCUUCCCGGCCAUGCGGAAGCUGUCCAUCCAGAACAGUGAUGCCUUCGCCCUGGUCUACGCCAUCAACGAUCCCGAGUCACUAGAAGCUGUGAAGAGCCUGCGGGACGAAAUCAUGGAGGUGAAGGAGGACAAGUUCACGCCCAUCAUGGUGGUCGGCAACAAGUCCGACUUAGAUGGUGAGCGGCAGGUGAGCAGCGAGAACGUGCUCUCCACACUGGAGAUGGACUGGAACAACUGUUUGCUGGAGGCCUCGGCCAAGGAGAACAGCAACGUGAUGGAGGUUUUCCGGGAGCUGCUGCAGCAGGCCAACCUGCCGAGCCGACUGAGCCCCGCCCUGCGCCGCCGCCGUGAGACCUUCCCCAAAGACAGCAGCCUGCGGCCGCCCAUGAACAAGACCAACAGCUGCACGGUCUCCUGAACACCAAGGGACAGCUGGAGGGGGAUGCCUAGCAGAAUUGAGCUGGGGUGUGUGAGGGAGAGAGAGAGAGAGACAGGACGAAAUCGAGUCCAACACUGAAGCAUCUUAAUUCCCUAGUCCCCCCCCCCCCCCAAUUCACCUUAGCUUUCCAAGGGACCUCACUGAAACGGACAGUUGCUGUCAAUAAUGAAUUUCAUUAUGAAAGCUGCACAGUCCCCUCGUGUGGGAGAUGUCAUUUCUGAUUUAAGUUGAAUGGUAAUGAGAAUGUAAUGCGAGAUCAUGGAACAGAAGCGUCCCAUCGUCCCAUACUUUCACUGUAACGGUCCUGAGGUGACAGCGAGCUCCUGGUGUCCCGCGUGUAAAUCAGCACCCGGCGUUUCAGUGUAUCUGCGUUACGUGUCGCAAUGCGCGCAAGUUUUUCCACUUGCGAUAAGACUUCAGCUUGUAGCAGAGUGUAAAUGUAUAUUUGCAAAACACACAUACGCUGCAAUCUUGGCUUACUUUCUAUUUAGUUUUAAUCUGGGGAUUUGUAAUUGGAUGGAGAAAGUCUUCAAGAAGCUGUUUGUACUUUACUUUUUAAUGUAAUUAAUUGUAUUGUUUUCUUAUUUGCCAAUCUUUUUGCUGUAGUAAAUCGAUGGCACAAACUGAUUCAAAGCUUCAAUGCAAUGGGUUUUGCACUUUGAUUUCGAAAAGAUCAUUUAAGUAUCGUUUUAUAAAACGUUUAACAGAUUUUUUUUAAUUUCUUUUUUUAAUAAAUAUGAAAGAUGUUUAAAUGUUUGAUUUUAAAUGGA